UAAAAAAAAAAAAAAAAAAAGACUGCAAUGGGAUAGCGUCUCCGAUUGGAUUGUUGAAGUUAAAAAAAAUAAAUUGGAAAACGAAGAAGCCAAGAGAGAGAGAGAGAGAAGUCUGAAACAUAUCCGGAGAUGGGGGACGAGAAGGUUAAAGAUGAAGCGAUGCAGAUAAUGGGAAUGUUUCAGAUUCUUCCGAGACUCGUCGUCUUUGAUCUCGAUUACACUCUCUGGCCUUUUUACUGCGAAUGCCUUUCGAAACGCGAAAUGCCGUCUCUGUAUCCACAAGCAAAAGGUAUACUGAGUGCUCUGAAAGAAAAGGGAAUUGAAAUGGCUAUUGCUUCCAGAUCUCCUACUUCUGAUAUUGCUAUCACAUUUCUUGAUAAACUCAACAUUAAGCCCAUGUUUGUUGCCAAGGAAAUUUACUCAAGUUGGACUCACAAGACAGAACAUUUUCAGAAGAUUCACACAAGGACGGGAGUGCCAUUUACUGCGAUGCUCUUCUUCGAUGAUGAGGACAGAAACAUCAAAUCAGUUAAUACAAACUACUACUUUGUGGCUAGUUUGAACUUUAUGUCGCGUGGUUUCGAAAAUGGGAGUGACAAGCAUCUUGGUGGGCAAUGGAGUUACGCUUGGAGCAUUCAGACAAGGGCUUACUAUAUUUACUCAAAAUCAGAACAGUGUCGAGAAGAAUAAACAGGUUUGGCCUGACAAGUAUUCUGGAAAGCCUGCUUCAUCAGAGACAAACAAAGACUGAGACAUUCAUUUCCGUCCAUCGGAUACGGAACGUUCUUGAGUGUUGUUGUAUUUAUUUCACAUUAUUAACUACAAAUGAGUUACAUGGGAUCUGUAUUGAAGUCUGAAAGGAUCCUUCUCAAAGAUUAAUUUGGCUGUUAUGCUAUCUGCCUAAGCAAACUGAUUUAUUCCGCUA